AAACACAGCGAAAGGCUACGCGCUGAGCAGGUGGCAGUAUGAUUUGUGGAAAAGCCCUACAGCCACGAAGCGUGACUUUCUUGGCCUUACUGUCUCUGCUGUGCCCGAUCCUGCUCCCUACGCAUGCUUUUCUCCACACCUGUCGAUUGUCUUCUCCCCACGCACGAAGCUUUGCUGUCAAUAGUAUAUCUACUUCCGCAUCUUUGAGGGAAAAUCAAGAUGAAAAAUAUAUGGCCUUGGCGCUAAUUGAGGCUCAGGCGGCUUUCGCAGCCAAAGAAGUUCCAGUUGGCGCCGUCCUCGUCUCGAGUGAGGGUCAAGUCCUUGCGACAGGGCGCAAUCGAGUGGAAGCCACAGGAGACGCAAGUGCACACGCUGAAUUAGAAUGUCUGAGAGCAGCCGCGCUUGGUGCAGCUCGCCACGGCCAAGGUAAAUGGCGUAUGUUAAAUUGUACGCUGUACGUGACAUUAGAGCCAUGCUUAAUGUGUUUGGGCGCGGUGCAAAGCUUUCGGGUUCAACGCGUGGUGUAUGGAGCACGUAGUACAUUACUUGGAGCCAUUGAGAGCUAUGUGAAGGUAUUGGAGCAGGCACCGCAUCCGUUUCAUUCCACUCUAGAGGUCAAAGGAGGGGUCCAUGCGGCGCAAUGUGGUGAUUUGAUGAAGAGAUUUUUCGCAGAGCGUCGGCUUGAAAGCGAGAGAAUGGCGACAAAGGUGCGCGAGGCACAGAGAGAGGAGAAAAGAUUUGAUACUGUAACAUAGCGAUUGUUCAUUAAAUUCGAGGUGAUGUAAAUAUAUACAAAAGUAGCGGCCAAUGUGUCACACACGAGGGCCGAGUUAAGUUGUG